CGUUUGUUAAUAUUGAAAGAAUAACCUAAAGUUAAAUGUAUGAACAUUGUAUGUCUCUAUAAUAAACAAACUUUAUAAUCCGAUAUUAAAAUGGCAAACGAAAAGGGCAACUUCAGACUGCCGUACUAUGAAAAAUGUGGAUUUCGAGGCGAAGAAAAGAAGUCACUUGAAAUAAUCCUCAAGGAUAAACCAUUAGACAAGAUAAAACUGCAAAAGUUUUGUGUUGGUUUUACUGUGCCAGCCAUCUACCGAAAUUUAGUGUGGAAGCUCCUUUUAGAAGUAAUACCUGUUUAUACUGACUCCCAUGAGUUUGUCAUGGAGCAGAGAAAUCUGGAGUACAAGGAACUUGUGAGAGCAUUACAAACUAUGAGAAUAAUUGAUGCCUGCACACCUAAAACACAUGUAUUUUAUGCUGCCUGGCUGCUGCAAAGUGGCAGAUACAGUUACGAAUGGACACAACCACAGCAGGAUGAUCAGUUUAUAAUGUUAGCACAUGUUUUCCUACAACACUUUGAUAAUGAGGUGGAUAUUUACUGGCUGACCAAAUAUUUAUAUGAAUAUAUCAUCAAAUACAAGAAUGACUAUCCAAAGUUGAUUGAUAGACUGUGGAGCUUGCUGGAGAAAGAAGAUAAGGAAUUGUUUCUGCAUUUACAACACACUGGUUUGCAGAAAGCCAUUCCAAUUGGAAAAUGGUUUGAUAGUUGUUUUGCUGGAAUACUUAAUGAGAAUCCACUAGCAAAGAUUUGGGAUAAAAUUUGUGGUGGAUCAGUAAAAAUUCUCAUCUUUGUGACAAUUGCGUUAUUAACGAUACAAAGACACGAGCUACUUAAAUGCACAACAUUACAGGCUUUCCUAGACUGCCUAAAAAAUAUAUCAGAAGAGACAGCCGACCUAAUUGCAGUGAAAUCCAUUGAAAUGUGGCAAAAACACGGCAGUCCAAAGAAUGUCAAUGCCAAUAAUAACUCUAAUAAUUGAUUAUCAUAAUUAUUAUAAUUUAGGUCUUGUUAUAACUUAAAAAAUUCAAUCAAAUUUAGAUUAUGACUUGUGAUUUACAUUUAAUAUACAUGAACCAUGCCAUAGAGGAAUGUCCAGCAUAGAAUAUAAGUGAAUAACUGACCAAAGAAA